CAUCAGGUCAGCGGCGCGUGGUUAAGGUACGGCGCAGUUCAUCUCCAGCUGAUCUACGUGCACAAGAACCAAUUCGAAUGAGCAUGUUCCCAAGUGCCAAACCCAAGCAACUAAAUGAAUUGGAUAAAAUUGAAAGAGAUGACUGGCCAGCUCCUGCUUCUCCUGCAGCUAUUCUCCCAGAAAUCUGUAAGUUAAUGUCCUCUGCCGUUUUUCUGUUCGGUUUUGAAAAAAAAAUCAUUAGAUAAUGUUUCUUAACUUUAUGCUCAUCAAAUUUAUGGUUUAAAAUGUAACCUUUUCAAACAACUACAGUGGGGGCUUGUUACAUUAGGAUUAAACGAAAUAUGCACUCACACAUGAGGCUAGGUUGUAUGUCACAUAUAUAAAUGGGGUACACUGAUUUCUUCAAUUUUAUAUGCUAGUCCUUGUCAAAUUAAGUCUGCCUUGAAUAAUUGAAUUUUAACUGUUCAGCAGUAACAUGUCUAUACAAGCAUUAAAAGAAAUAUUGUACUAUCUUUUUGACAACUUUCAUGAAAGCAGGGGCUUUUUGGAUCCCAAUAGUUUUCAGGCUUUCUUCUUCAUUUCAUAGAAGUGAUUUGCAUAGGAAAUGUAAAAGUACUUUCAAAGUUUUGUUGAUCUUGCAGUACGUCAGCGCAGGAGAAGCAGGGGAGAGAAAGAUGAUGAUGAUGAUGAAGAGGAGAUACAAGAAGAUCCCAAAAUAAAACGUGAACUAGAGGAGAUUUCUAAGAUUAAAAAUGAAAGUGGCAUCGGUCAGGUCAUCUACAAGGAACUUGGCAAGCUGAAGGCCAAGCCUCACAUGCCUUUGGACCCAUGGAAGGCUUCUCGGGCCCCGAGUGCCAAGUUUGAACCCAGAUACCGUACUCGGUAUCAGUCCCCUAUGUUUGCUUGUAAGUUAAUGUUUUUGUUUAGAAGUGUUAGUGUUUUAUUACAAAUCAGUUCAUAAAUGUUUUUAAACUCUUAAUUCUGAAAAUUGCCUUUAAAAAAGUAUAUUAAAUCUGCUAAAUAUAUUUGUGGGGAAUGAUUCAAAACGGAAAUAAAAUAUAUUUAUCAAGAGUAUAAGAAAGAUAUUUUAAAACAUUAAAUGGGCGUCACAAAAGUAUUAAAUAAAAUAUGAAUGAUUUUAAAAGUGUAAACAUGUUUUUAUAUAAUUAUAAAAAUGUUUUUCACAAUCAACUUAUGUAUCCUUAUAAAAUUAGAUUUGAUUGAGUAGCUUAAAAUUCUAUUUCUUAAACAGCCCCAUCUCGUUUUCUUGAUCGACCUCGCUAUGCAUGGGACGAUAGCGAUAUCAGAACUUACAGAUCUGCAUCAACAUUGGCUAAUUUGCCAAGUAAGUAACAAGUCAUUGUGAUUUCCAUGUAUGCUGUCUACAGAAUAUGUCAGCUGUUCCCAAACUUGGACUGAGGGUGCACUAGUCACAGUUUAUUCUAUAACUGCAUUUUUAUUUUAUGCUAUAGGAAAUGCCAACAAUUAUUUUAAGAACGUGCCCAGUAGCUCAAGUUUGGCAAGAAAAAAGAAAUAGAUUAUUGAAAAAACAAAACAUUCCUAGAAGAAAAACACAACCUUGCAUAAAACAGUGUCUGGUCAAGAAUAACUCUAUCAUUGGCUACAAUUUGACUUGGGGGGGGGGGGGGGGGUUUUUUUUUUUAAUUUUUUACAAACAAUAAAUUAUUGUUUUCUUUUCAAAAAAAAGCGUGUCAGUAAUAUGACAAUUUGCUUUAUUUUUGCCUCAAUCAAGUUACAUAUUUACUGUAUCUGGUAAUUUAUGUUGAAUAUUUACAACUUGCAUUAUUUCUAGGAAUUUUUGAAGAUUUUUGUGUGUUCAUUUGUUAUUGAUCUUUGUGUUUUUGUUACAAGCUUUCAUGUUGGUUAUAUUUUAUUGCACUUCACAUUGUAAUUUCAAGUUUAUCCUUCUGCUAUGUAACGUUUACUAUGUAAAAUGCAAUUUACGAGAGUACAAAACAAAUUUAAAUUAAAUGUUCAUAAAUAUCUUGUUACUUUUUUGAAAAAUUAUAAUUUCUAUCCAUUUAAAAGAUUUUUGAUAAAUAAGAUGGUUUAAAAUUACAGUCCAGAAUUGUCAAACAUAUCUUAAAUGAUAAAGAUUUGCUAUGCUCCAUUCAGGAAUUGUACACAUUUUUCCACAGCACCAAAGCCUGGUUAUGGCCCAUCUUACAUUGCCCCUAGAGCAGCCACAUUGCCUUUAGCUGGAGCUUAUGGCGCUAGAGUUGAUUUUGUAAGUCAUAAAGGAUAAUGAAGCUUUGAUUAGAUCAUUGAAAAAAAUAUUUAUUUGCUGAUACUUUAUUACAUUUAUUAAAUUAAACUGGGUGUUAAUAACAUUUGAAAUAAUUAUUGCUCAUUAUUACUUUUUGCAUGUACAACGUAACAAACUAUUCCAACCCAUUCUUCAGAGAUAUUUUGACUUCGGGGAAUCAGAUGGCAGGGAAAGGUCAACCCGUAAGUAGUCCUGGUUUUUUAAAAUAGUUCAUUGUUAAGUGCAUGACGCCAUACCACAGCAUUAUUUGGACUUCUCUUUCAAUCUUCUCAAAAUCUUGUUUAGUUUUUUUGAUGGCUGUGAUAGCAAAUAUCCUAUUUCUGUGAGCGAAUUAAUGAUAGACAUGAAUUCUGUGCUCCAGACACAAAUAUAUUCAAAAACUGAACUAAGUGGGGGGUGGGGUAUUGUUUUAAUAAUUAGGUGUUAUUCUUACACAAAUUAUAGCAGUUAACAGAUCAUUUAGAUAGAAGAAAUCUAAGAUGUAAUUUUAAAGCGCUUAGCUUUUAACACAGAGUAAAUGUACUAAUGGUGUCUUUGCUACUUUUUCACAAUAAAAUAUAAUUUCAUCAAUUUGACGAAACAAUAGUUAGACUCAAGUCACUCAUGCUGAAAAGUUGAGAUUUUCAAUGUAAUAUUUGGCAACGUCCCAGUGACAAACACUUAAUUUUAAAUGAUACUACGUUCUUACCAUUGCUCUAGAUACUUCAUCAUCAACACUAACAGGAGACACCAGCUCUAGGGUAAGUUUGACAUUUUACAAGAGGAAACUAUUUCUUUACCAUUUGAAUUAAACACUCUUCAUUGCAAUAGUUUUAACAUACACUAGCAACUAAUUAUCACAAAAGUCUCUUAAAAGCAAUGAGAAUGAUAACUCGAUUUAUCGAACUUGCUAAGUAUCCUCUCUUGAAAGUUAAAUUAUUAAAAAAAAUAAUUGUAAUUGGUCUUCAAUAUGAUUAUUUUGUUGUUUUUUUUUACAUCAAACUUGACAGAGACAUGACACCUCUUACACUGGUUACGAUGGGCCAGCCAUUUCUUUGCUACAGCUGCAGAAAAACACAUGGCAUACAGAGAUAGAACCCACAGUAAGUCAACAAUAUUCUGAUAAAUAUUUUCAUUUGCUUCUUACAUUAUUUUUUUCACUCUUAACUCUUGUCCUACUAAGUUUUUAUCUACGUUUAGACUGACUUUAAAGUCUGGUGCAUUACGAAAGCAAUAGAAACAACAAAAAACAACAAAUUAUUUUAAAACUCAAUGUUUAAUAGCUUUGAUUUUGAUAUCAGUAGAAAAGAAAUGAAAGCUUUGGGAAAUAUAAAUUACCUGACCCAUAUUAUAUUAAGUUUUAUUUUAGCCAAAGUCAUAGAGUAUUUACAAACAUUUCUCAUGUAUUUUCAUUUAUUUAAAUAAAUUAUGCAAAUACUCUGUCAUUAUUCCCAUUUUUUCCCCAGGCAACAAAAAAGUGCAAUUUUUGAAAAAAAGACCUGUAUACUCAUAGGAUUUUGGCGUACAUUGUACGAUUUAGAUAUGUCUUUUACAUUUGUAUGCCAAAAACCGCCAGAAAUACGAUUUUAAGAUACCGGGUUGAAAAUAUAUACAUUUACAAAAUAAAGUAAAGGGUUGGGUAAAAAAAAAAAGUAACAUGUAUGCAAGUCACUAAGCGCGAUCUAGUAACUGCAAACAGUAGUUACUCAAGUUGGUUACUGUUUGCAUCACAACCAAAAGUUGUCCCAUUGGAUUAAAAGGGGAAAUAAAAUUAUGAAAAUUGUGUAAUAUUUGGCAACGUCCCAGUGAGGAAUCCGCAGCAAUCCAUCUAGAAAAAUGUGACCUCCCCCCCACCCGGGUGGACCAGUAAAAGACAGUUUAUUUCCCCCCUUGUCUUUGUGAAGUUAAAUGGGAUUUUGUAGUUUAGUGUUUUGGAGGAGUCGAAAGCUUAUUAUAACGUAAGGGGGAGGGGGGUAAAAAAAGUUUGCAGGCAACAGUGGGGGAGGGGGUUAGAAAAUUUGACUUUUUUUGCGUAAGUACUAUUCAGGUUGCUCCUCCUAGAAUUUUUUUGCUUUGGUGCUGUACGACGUAAUUUUGUGACAUAAUUUCUUCUUAUGGCAAGUCCAGAAAGAGGAAACGCAGCAGCAUUAGAUUUUGACAUGUUUUAUAGGAUCUGAGAGAGAAUUCACAAACCAUCUGUAUGAUCUUUAAUACUCGCUCUUUCUUUCACUCAUUUACAGCUUGUGGUAGUAAUCAGACUGUAAUGUGCUAACCAGAAAUUGCGUAACAGAUAUUGAUUCUUAUUGUAAUAAAUUUUAUUUUAGCUGAUCCGACUUCGAGUUAGAACCAUGUUAAAUUUCACAAGUAACUAUUUUUUACUAAUGACAGACUGUGACAAUGUGAUCUGCACAUUCACCUAAAUAUUAAUUGAUAUCUAUAGCAGAUACACAUCUGUAAAACAAAAUGACCGCAGAUUGCAAUUUAAACUUCAGUUAUCUAUUUUUUACCACCAGUUCGCUUUUUUGACACCAGCUCAACUCAUUUCCACUGUACAUGCGAUGCGAGUGUUUAAUGUAUACAUUAUAUAUGCUGUUUGUUUAUUUAUUUACCAUUAAGAUACAGUAUUAUACGAUUUUGUACAAUUUUAGGAGUUUGGGGGUAAACAGGUCUGAAAAAAGAUCAUUUUAUUUGUUAGCCAUUAUAUAAGAACACAUGAAAAGAGUAAUUCCAUUAUUCCAAUAUUGUGUGCAAAGUUUUAUUGUUAAAAGCUCCAAAAGAAUGUAAACUUGCUUCUUCUUCUAUAUUUUGAGGGCCCACGAUCAAUGCCAUCACUUGCCAUAACAUAGUCAAGUAUUUUUCUAAAGAAUUUUUGCUGUUAGUAAUUGUAUAUGAUGAUAACAUUUUUGUAUUUUCAAUUUAUUGUAAUAUCUAUGUUGAUUUGUUAAAUUGCCAAAUUAUUUAUAUGUUUACAUAGAUAUAUUUAUUUGUGUUUUAUUUUCUCCAGAUUUAUCCUUAUGAAAAGCUAAAGAUCACAAAUUUUGAUCUGCCUAAAGAUGUGGAUACAAAUCAGCUUGAGGUCAGUUUUUUCUUGUUCUUUUAAACUUGUUACCAAACGCAAGAUGCUAAGUAGCUUCUAUAAAUUAUGGAAUUUUGCAGUCAAUUAAGACAUAUUAUUUUAAAUUCCAGAUUCAUCUCUCAAACCAAGAAUUUGAAAAUUUAUUCAAUAUGCCUAGGGAUGGCUUUUACAAGAUGGCAGAAUGGAAGCGUAACGAUAUCAAGCGCAAGUUGCAUUUGUAUUGAUUGUGGCAAACGUAGGUUACUUUUUAGUUGUUUUGAAAUUCAUAUUAAAUAUUAUUAUUUUUAAAGAAUGAGGCAGAAAUUGGAUAAUAUAAUUUAUUUAUAUAAAAAUUAUCUUCAAGAACAGGAAUAAAUGGGUGUUAUACAAGUGUAUCAAACCACAGUCUCUCUAACAAAAUAACAUUAGAUGAUUAUCUUUCAUUAUUGUGGUGGUCUUUCUUUUUGAAACUCUGAUUGUAUCGUGUUUUUUUUUAGACAGUUCAAUUUAUAUUCUGUCACCAGAAAAAUAAAGGUAUUGAAAUUUACUGCAAAUAUUUAAACAAAAUUUAAUAAGGUUAUUAUUAUGCAAAAUCUUUAUUAUAUUACAUCAGUGAAAAAAAAAUCUAUUGAAUAAGUUAAUACUUGAAAUUGCUUUGAUUAUGUUGAACCCAAACCCUAAAUUGGCUGCAUUUGAGAGAACUAGUCUUUGCUGAUGGAUCAAGUUUUAUUACUUUUAUCUAUAAUGUCAUGUUUUUUUUCUCUGCAAAUGGUGCUUAUCUAAUUUGUACAUUUGACAAACAAAAUGUAAAUGCCUACCUAUCUCCACUUAAAUGUGGUUUAGUUUUUUUGUGAGAGCUGUAUAAGUAAUUUUUUAAAAUCUCCUGUUUGUUUUAUUUUUCUUAUUUUUACCUUUUUUAUUUCAAUGUAAUCCUUGAGUUGUAGAUUAGACAUAAAAAUUGUAAGAACUCUUUAUAUUAUAUAAGAUGAAGGUAAUGCAGUGGCUGUUGAAUUCUUACAAACAAUGAAAGUGGUUUUCCAUUAUUUUAAGGAAAUCGAAUCAAUAAGAUAAAGUGUAUCGGCUUUUAUGCAACUAUAAGUAAUCUUUAAUUUGUAAGUAUUAUUAUUAUUAGAAAUAUAUUAAAUAUAACUAUUUUCUUUGUAGUUCAUGGGUUUGAAAAAUGGUUGGGUGGGCCUAUAUUAUAUAGAGAAUAAACAUUUCUCAAAACUCAAUUUUGUUAGAGUUGUAAAACGUCUGUACAUAGAGACUUCUUUUUAAAAAAAUGGGAAAGCCUGAUUUACUAUUUACUAAAUAUACAUUACAAUGGCUUGGGAAAUGUUUGCAACUUUUUUUUAAUAUGAGGAUACAAUACAUCAAAACCCAAUUCAGUUACAUUAGUGAAAAUUGUAUUUUUAGAUGUUGAGACUUUUUAAUAGCAGGUAGACAGUAGCGCACUAUUACCCAGCGGGUCAUAUAUAUGUUAGUUUUAAAUAGUGUGCUUGGUAGAAGUGGAUUUUUACUUAUGUGCAAACUCUUACAACUGACAUUUUUACUUUCAAUUUUUUUUUUUCAUGGUUGUGCAAAUUUUGUGCUAAUAUUCCUGAUUUUAUUUGUUCAGUGUAUUCAAGGCUUAGGUUGUUGUUAUAGUAUUUUAAAAACUCUUCUUUUAGAAAGUGAAACCUUAGGUUGUGAUUAUUUUACCCUAGUAUAAAAAUAAUUUUUCAAUUUAAUUGAAAGCUGUGCACUUAAAAAGCAUAGUUAUAUUAGCAAAUGGUCAAUCUUAUUGACAUUUUUUAUUACAAAUGGACUUUUUGCGUGUAAAUUUUAUUUCAUGUUUAAUUAUGCAUUUAUUUCAAAGCCCUUUUGUACCAUUUAGGACAAAGUUAUGUGUAGUUUCUUUGUUUAAGCAGACUUGUUUAUUCCUUGUGCUAAUCCAUUGGACAGACCAUAUAAAGGCCAAUACAUUGUUAUGUAUUAUUUGUAUAGAGUUGUGGUCAUACAGUUCAUGUAAACAUUUAGCAAACUUUUGUAUUGAUGUACAUAUUUUGGUUUUUCUAAACAUAGUUCUUGGUUGCCAUAAGUGACAAAUCCAGUAAAAAAUAUAUUUAUAAAAAUUGGUUUUACUUUUUUUAACAUUUUUUUAAAAUGACUUUGAAGUCUGGUUUUACAGGGUCCCUAAGGUUUAUAAAACAAUAUCUCCUCGUAUGGCAAUGAAUGUGGCUACAACUGAAGGGUUAUUUCUGUAUUUUGUAAGAGGUCGUUUACAAAUACAAGCAUUGCAAUGUGGUGCAUCUCUGCUUUUGUUUGUUUCAUUUGUUUGACUUUCAUAUACCAAUGUUUCACUAUAUAAAUUAUUCAUAUUUAUACUGCAUAAUAGAUUAAGGGGAAAGAAAAGAAUGGACAGUUUGACUUUUACAUUUAGGAAAAAAGCAGUCAGCGUUGCCUUUGAAGAUAUAAGUAAGUUUUUGAACUACAUGAGAUAAAGCUUCAGCUUUGGAUUAUACUCUUGCAUUAUUACUAUUUAGUCAUUGUUGAAACUGUACAAUUACUAUUGAUGGCAUUCUCCUAUGGUUUUAAGAUUUUUCAGUCUUAUGAAGUUAUAAUAUUUUUUACUCCCUACAAUUUUCAUGCAUUUGAUUUUUAUCAUGCUUUAUUUGGAAGUGCAAUACCCAGGUUUGGUUAACAAUUUAAUUUUUGCUAAUUAAUCUCCUUGAAUAAGCUUAAAUAACCACUAGUCAGUAAGGUCGUCAAAUAAUUGGCUUUCAUCAGUUUGUAAACCCCCCCUCACAGCAGCAUCCAAGAAACUCCCUACACUUUUCAUCAGAUUCCUAUAAUAGUAUCAUUUUAAAACUAAUUUUGUGCUAUUUUGAAUGAGCUUAAUUUACUGCCACAGAUCAACAGUUCAUAAUAAACUAGAAGUUUACAUGUUUUAUCAACCAAAAAAAUCUAAAACAUUUUCAGUGUUCCAUUGUUCACAUAAUCUCUUCUGUGUAUCAUAAAAAUUGUAUUAUAACCGAAGUGUUUUAUGUCUGAACGAAUGAAGAUGAGAUCUGAGCACUUCUCUUCCACUUGUCUAUUGUGGACGUAGCUUUCUUCAUGACUAUCAGGUUUUAUGACUCUCUUUUGCCUCACAUUUUUAAAACAAAUUAUCCUAAUAAUUUUUUUUUUUUUUUUUUAAUUUUGUUAGGUUACAAAUUUUUUGGCUUUUUUUAAUUGUGGUUGUAUCUUUCUUCUUGUCUAUCAGGUUUUAUGUCUCUUUUUUGCCUCACAUUUUUAAAACAAAUUAUCCUAAUAAUUUUUUUUUUUUUUUUUAAUUUUGUGAGGCUACAAAUUUUCUGGCUUGUUUUACCUCUGGAAAAGUAUUGACCAGGCACAGCUUUACAAAAUACAGAAGAUGCGUGCUUGCGUUAUUCCAAUAAUCCAAGUGAAUAGUUCUCUAAAUAUUAUUGCAUGAAAUUUUUAAUUUAAAACAAAAAAAAUAAAUUUUUAAGUAGAAAUAACAGAUAAUAUACCUGUACACAUGAACACAUGACACUUUUGCUUAUAGAAAUAUCUUUUACAAUGUUCACAUUUUCUUAAAGCACAUGUAAUGGAUUUUCAUGUCUACUUAUGCAGAUGCCGGUAUUAUAAAGAUGCUUUGAAUCAGUUUCAUUUUUUCGGUACUAAUAGUGUCACUAAUAUUAAUAAAACCAUUACUUCAUCAAUUUUGUUAGUAUGUUGCAUUAGCAAAGUAUUUUAUUUUUAUAAGAUUCAAAAGUAUUCUUUAAUCGCAUCGAAGCCAUAUUUUGACUUCUAGAACUAGGUUAAUAGUUAAAUUAGUUUUAAACAAAUGUAUGACUUGACAAAUUACUUAUUAAAAAAUGUCUCACUUGACAUGUCAUCAUUACACUGUAAGGUAAAACUUACUAGCAAGCUACAGAAUUAAACCAAGCAAGCCUACUACUUAGAAAGGCUAUCUAUCCUCCCUUUUGUAUAGUAUUUACUUGGUAUCAUAACCUCAUUAUUUUUAUCAUAACCUCAUUAUUUUUAUCAUAACCUCAUUAUUUUUAUCAUAACCACUCAGACAUGCCUUGACUGUCAGUCAAUCUGCUUUAUUUAAAAUAUGUGUUUUGUGUAUGCAAAGGAAUUAAAAACAUGUUAAAACCCA